UGUGGCAACGCUUGCAGCGACGCGAAAAAAGUAAAUUUGUACUUGUUGGGCCCCCACAAAUAAUAAAUGGCAAUUAAAACGCUGGAGGAGGCCAGCAUCGACUGGGACUCACUGAUAGAAGAGUGCGAGGAGUCCGAAGACUCCGACCAGGAGUGGGUCAACUCGAUAAUAGUGGAAGAACCAGAAGAGGAGUUGGCAGAAAUUACGGUAGAUCAGGACGAAGCAGAGCAGGCUGUGGAUGACCCCGAAGAGUGGAUGAUGGGGCUGGAGGAGGAAGAAUUAGAGCCCGGAGAGUGGAGACCAGAUCCUACGGAUUCAACGUACCGCCUGCCCUGGGCCUGCACACGCUGCCCCAUGCGGUUCGCCAGUCACGAGAAGCUUAUCGCCCACCGGCGCAUGCAUCCUCGAACGCGAAGGGAAAACUGUCCGCCGUCGUCUACCUUCACGUGCGAGGAGUGCGGCAAGGAGUUCAAACGCCGCCGCUGGCUCGACGAGCAUCUGCGCACCCACACCGGCGACCGGCCGUACGAGUGCCACGAUUGCGGUGCCCGUUUCGCUCAGAACAGCAACCUUAGCGUUCACAUCCGGACCAAGCACCUUAAGGAGGCUAAGCAUCAGUGCCCCAAAUGCCCCGGCCGUCGUUUCACACGCCGGCGACUGCUCCAGCAGCACCUGAAGACGGUGCACCAAAAGCUGUUCGAUCUGUCGUGCGAACAGUGCAGCGCCAGCUUCUCGCACCCAGUCUACCUCAAGAAGCACAUGCUGGUCCAUGGCUGCAUCAAAGCCUACUGCUGUCACAUUUGUGGCAAAAAGUUUAGCCGGCUCGAGAACCGAAACUCUCACCUCUUCGUCCACAGCACCCGUAAGCCCUACAUCUGCACUGUGUGCGGCACGGGCUUCUCAAGAAAAUCGCAUCUGCUGCAGCACAUACAGUUCAAGCAGCACCCCAACGAGGUGAUCCAGCGGCAGCAGCCAUACUUCAGCGACUUGCUCAGCCAGUUCACCCGCAAGAAGGAUGCCGAGGAGCAUAUUGAUGGAGAAUUUCCAUUGAAUUGCAAUUAAACCAUUUGCUUGCAUCCAGCCAGCAUGUUCGACAUAUCCGAGAUAUAAGAGUAUUCAAGUAUAUACCCCCUACGUAUCCCUUCUGGUCAUUCUGUUUUUUUAACUAUCACUAGAAACGUAGUCCCUAAGCUAGAGCUUAAGAGAGAACAUUUUAACUGAAUUUUAAGUGAAUUUUAAAUGAAUUUUAAAUUAAUUUGUACAUAACUAGAAUAAGUAAUCCGCAAUGCAUAUAACACUCAUAGUAUUAUUAUCGAAAUAUGUAAAUCUAAGGCUCAAAUACAAGAACAUGCCAGUUCUUCCUCUAAGCAAUCACAUGCCACAUGGGUGUGGAAGCCUCUUGCAUUUGGCAGAAGAUAGAUCUCAGUAGUAGUUUGUAAAGAUAAGAUUAGAAACUAUUUCUCGUGCAUAUAAAGUAGUACCUACACGUAUAUAUAUUUCGAUUAGGAUUAGGCUUAGGAAGAGGCCAUUGAACGCAAUUCUAGCCUCUGAUAGGGUCUGUAUUUAACUCGACUCAAACUCCUUGCCCUGCCAACCCAAUCGCUAGCCCCAUGAGGGAGUCCCUUAGAAGACAGCAAAAAUGGACCCAUCUACCGAUGCUGAUCAAACCGCUGUACACUACUCUUAACGGUUCCUAGCAGUCACAUGAAUUAAAUUCCAUCAUCGAUUGUGUGCUUCCUGGGGAUUAUUUUAAUCACAGAAGCUAAAUAUCGAAA